GUAUGUAAAAUAGGUAUAUUAUGUCAUUUUUUAUAAAUGUUUUUUUUCGUUGUAGAAUUUUUCUCGCAUCCAAGGAUCCGACAAAUAUUGUCUUGUUCAUUUGUUCACAGCACAACCAUUUGAAAAUGGUGUUCUUGGAUUGGCUUAUAUUUCAUCGCCAGAACUCAACAGCGCUGGAGGUAUUUGCUCGGUGCAGAAUCGCGAUCGAUUUGGGAUUGUGUAUUACAAUACAGCGCUUUCAAGUGCGAAAGCUACUCAUGGUGGAACCGUGGUAACACGUGAGGCUGACCUCGUCACUGCUCAUGAAUUGGGCCAUAAUUGGGGCGCUACACACGAUGAUAUGUCAGUGGAGUGCUCACCACCAUAUAGCUUGGGUGGCUCGUAUGUUAUGAACACUUUUUCUGUUUCCGGAUAUGAUGAAAAUAAUGACGUGGGUAUAUGUUUCGAGCCCGAAAUGAGCUCAUUUUGUGGCAAUGGUCGUGUGGAAAAUGAUACGAAUGGUUUCGUGGAAGAGUGUGAUGUUGGUGGUUUACUUUCUGGGGCUGUUGAUAACGGUAAAUCAGGUGAAUGCCCGGAGCCUGGCUUCGUAAAAGAUGGAACUCCUUGUAUUGAGGAUGGAGAAUGCCGGAACGGCCACUGUCUCUCAUUUUGUGAAAGGCCAUCUGUCAACAAGAAACCAUGCAUGUGCAGCAAAGAAGCAGAUGCAUGUUUGCGUUGCUGUCGUUCGGAAAAUGGAACUUGUGAGCCGUACAGUCGUGAUGCAAAAUAUGUGUUAAAAGAUGGUACACGAUGCAUCCACGGUACUUGUAGGCGGGCUGUAUGCAUCAAGGAAGUUGCUGAUGUUGUUUCGCAUUUAUGGAAUAUCAUUGAGAAUCUUGAUGAAACAAAUUUUUGGAAAUUUGUUGGCGAUAAUUUGGUUGGAAUUAUAUUGUCAAUUGUACUGCUUAUAUGGAUACCAGCAAGUAUUCUUGUUCAUAGAAUCGAUAAAGCACGUGAAGCAGCAGCAAGCGCAGAAAGCGAAAAUCGGAUUCAGGUUGUUGGAGAGAAAUCCAUUUAUAAAUACAUCAAUCCAUGCGAUACUUCUGAAAAUAGCGAUUCGCAUCAUUGA